AUGGCAGACUUUGAUCUCAACUCGGCCUUCAUCCCGGCCCUGCACAAGCCAUCAGCCCUCCUCCCCAUUGCAAAGCACCGCGAGGCCCUGCUCUACCUCAUCGAGACCAAACAAGUCACCAUUGUCGUCGGCCAGACCGGCUCAGGCAAGACCACGCAGAUCCCCCAAUUCCUCGAAGCCGCAGGAUGGUGCUCAGAAGGCAAAGUCAUCGGCAUCACGCAGCCGCGCCGCGUGGCAGCGACGACGGUCGCGCUCCGCGUCGCCGAAGAGGUCGGCUGUGAGAUCGGCCAGGAGGUCGGCUACGCCAUCCGAUUCGAGGACCUCACCUCGGCGCAGACGCACAUUAAGUUCAUGACGGACGGCCUGCUCAUCAGGGAGGCCCUCGUGGACCCCUUACUCACGCGGUACUCCGUCAUUAUGGUUGACGAGGCCCACGAGCGCUCCAUCAGUACCGAUAUCCUCCUCGGCCUGCUGAAAAAGAUUCUGAAGAAGAGGCCUGAGCUGCGCAUCAUCAUCAGUAGUGCGACACUUCAGGCCGAAGAAUUCUUAAAGUUUUUCACAACCUCCCCCGGGGAUGAGCAGAAGAAGCAGUUGACCGUUCCGGAGAACAAGGAUGGAGAAACUGGCCCCGACGACAACGACGAAAAGGGUGCAAUUAUCAGCUUGGAGGGCAGAACACAUCACGUCGACAUCCUCUACCUGGAAUCACCAACCGAGGACUAUGUGGAAAAAGCAAUCUCCACUGUCUUUGACAUACACACAAUGGAGCCCGAAGGUGACAUACUCGUCUUCCUCACAGGCCGGGAAGAGAUCGACAAGGCCGUCCAGGCCGUCGCCGACCGCCUGCUGGACCCAAAUCAACCUCGGGGCCAGCAAUCACUACAAGCGUUACCUCUUUACGCGGGCCUAUCAACAGAACAGCAAAUGUACGUCUUUGACAAACCUCCCGAGGGCACGCGGAAAGUAGUCUUCGCGACCAACAUUGCCGAAGCGUCCAUCACCAUCGACGGCAUCGUCUACGUAGUCGACACGGGCUUCGUGAAGCUGAGGGCCUACAACCCGCGAACGGGCAUCGAAUCCCUCUCCACGACGGCGAUAUCCAAAGCCUCAGCGUCUCAGCGCGCCGGCAGAGCGGGACGCACCCGGCCCGGGAAGUGCUUCCGGCUCUAUACGGAAGAUGCCUACCUCGGCCUCCCCGAGUUCACCGUCCCCGAGAUGCAGCGCUCCAACCUUGCGCCCUUUAUACUGCAGCUCAAAGCCCUCGGCAUCGACAACGUUCUACGCUUCAACUUCCUCAGCCCGCCGCCCUCGGAGCUGAUGGCCAAAGCCCUGGAGCUCCUGUACUCCCUAGGCGCCCUCGACGAGUACGCCAAGCUGACGAAGCCGCUGGGCUACAGGAUGGCCGAGCUUGCCGUUGAGCCGAUGAUGGGCAAGACCCUGCUCAGCGCGCCGUCGUUUGGGUGCCUGAGCGAGAUCCUCACCAUCGCGGCCAUGACCAGCGCCGGCGGGAACAACGUCUGGUUCCACCACGACGGCGAGAGGAAGCAGAUGGAGAUUUCGCGGAGAAAGUUCGCCGCCGAGGAGGGCGACCACCUGACGCUGCUCAACGCCUACCAGGCGUUCGUGACCAAGGGCAGGAAGGAGUCCAAGUUCUGCCGGGACCACAACCUCAACUUCAAGACCAUGACGCGGGCCGUCAGUAUACGGGCGCAGCUGAAGCGCUACCUCGAAAAGUUUGGCAUCGCCGUCGACAACGAGCAGGAAUCCGGGCCGGGCCUAGCAAAGUCCCGGCAGCAAGACAAUUCCACAAAGGCGGAGCAGAUCCGGAGGUGCCUCACGACGGGCUACUUUGCGCACGCGGCGAGGAUGCAGCCGGACGGCACGUUCCGCAACGUCUCGGGCGAGACGACGCUCCACGCGCACCCCAGCUCCCUCAUGUUCAACCGCAAGGCUGACUGGGUCAUUUUUCACGAGGUCAUGGAGACGGGCACAAAGAUAUACAUACGGGACAUCACAAAGAUUGAAAAGACUUGGCUGGUGGAGUACGCGCCGGAGUUCUAUCAACUCGCGGGCGGUUCGGCGAGCACGCGAGGCUGA